AUGGUCGGAGCUUCGUCCGCGUGCACGUUCCUGGGCCUGCUCGGCGGCUUUGUUGCCGCUGUGAGCGGCCAUGGCGUAACUGGCGCCAGCCAGGCGCGCGCACUGCUCCAGACGUGGGACGCCGCCCUGGACGGCACCAGGGCCAGCGCCAAGUCAACGCCCUUGACGAAGGUGGUGGACUUGCUCAAGAGCAUGCAGGACACCCUGGAGAAGGAGAUGGACGAGGAUCAGAAGUUGUACGAGAAGCUCAAGUGUUGGUGCGAGAAGAACGACUGGGCGAAGACCAACGAAAUCGAGGACAGCGAGACCAAGAUCCAGCAGCUGGAGGCGGACAUCGAGUCCCUCUCGGCCAAGAAGGCCGAACUUGCCGCCACCAUCAAGGAGGUGACGGAGAAGACGGCCGCCGAAAAGAAGGCCCUGGCCGAGGCACAGGCUCUGAGGGACAAGCAGCUGAAGGAUUUCCACGCCAUGGAGUUGGACAGCAUCCAGGCGCUGGAGCAGCUCAAGGCUGCCCUCACCAUCCUGGGCAAGCAUCAUGGCGAGGGAGUGUUCCAGCAGUUCGCUCCCAUCUCGUUGCUGGCCACCGGCGGCAAGGACGAGCCCUGGACCGCGACGCACGAGCGGGCGCAGGUUGGCCGCGCCCUUGAGGAGUUCAUGAGCCGCAACGAGUAUUUUGGCCUGGAGAGCGCAGGGCGCACUUCCCGCGAGGGCAAGUUCUUGCAGCACGGCCCCGCCGCACUGUCCGCCAGCGACAGGGGCUCGCACCCUGCGGGCUGGACGGCGGAGGAGGCCGCCGUCGUCCACAGCGCGCUCAAGGCUGGGGCCGCCUUCGUCCAGGCGCACCACGAACAGGGCUACUAUCCGUCGUACACCGCUCAGAGCGGCGAGAUUGUCGGGAUCUUGAAGCAGCUUAAGGACGAGAUGGAGGCCGACCUGUCGGAGGCCCAGAAGGAGGAGGCCAUGCGUUCGGAGGAGUUUGAGGCACUGCGCCAGGCGAAGACUGCGGAGAUCGAGGCUGGAGAGAAGAUGGAGGAGCAGAAGGAGGACGAGCUGGCCACGACCGCCAACGCCCUCGCCGAGGCCAAGGAGGACCUGGGCCAGGAGAAGGCCCUGCUGGCCGAGAACCAGGCCUUCCUGAAGAACAUGAAGGAGACCUGCGCGGAGGCCGACGAGAACUGGGAGCGGCGCAAGAAGGCGCGCCGGAUGGAGAUGGAGGCGGUGGCCGAGACGAUCGAGAUCCUGACGGAGGACGAGGCCAAGGACGCAGCGGCGGGCACCUACAGCCUCGUGCAGCUCUCCUCGUCGCGCAGGGCGGAGAGCGCGCAGGCCAGGGGGCAGCGCAGGGCCGCGGCGGCCCUGCUGAAGCGGGCGGCGCUCCAGACCCACAGCCCACAGUUAUCCAUGCUGGCCACCGCGGUGGAGCUCGACGCAUUCGAGAAGGUGAAGAAGGCCAUCGACGACAUGAUUGUGAUGCUGAAGAGGCAGACGGAGGACGAGGUGAAGAAGCACGACUGGUGCAAGGCCGAGUUCAAGGAGAAUGAGAUGACCACGCUGAGGACGGAGGACCGCAAGGCCGACCUCGAGGCCAAGAUCGCGGAGCUGGAGUCCGCCAUUAAGGCGCUGGAGGCCGACAUCGUCAAGGCCACGCAGGAAAUCGAGGAAGCGCAGGUCGCGCUGCAGAGCGCAAGCCUCACCCGCAAGGAUGAGAACUUGGGCUACCAGAAGGUGGUCGCCGACCAGACUGUCGUCAUUGAUGUUCUGAAGAAGGCCGCGAAGAGGAUGGCAAAGUACUACGAGAGCGAGUCUCUGCUCCAGCGCAACAAGGGCACUGAGGACCCGGCGCCGGGGUCGGUGGCGCCGGUGGCGCAGAUGGAGUACAAGCCGAGCUCGGGCGCAGCUGGGGUGAUGCAGAUGCUCGAGAAGCUGAUCUUGGAAGCGAAGGAGCUGAUGGCAGAGUCCAAGUCCUCUGAGGGCGAGGCCCAAAAGGCGUACGAAGAGACCAUCGCCAGCACGAACGCCCAGAUUGCCGAUCUGCAGACGCUGGUGACCGUCAAGUCCAAGGCAAAGGCCAAGGCAACGAAGGACAGGAUUCAGGCCGAGGAGGACCUGACCGCCACCGUGCUCGAGCUCGAGGGCCUCGGGAAGUACAAGGCAGACUUGCACGCUGAGUGCGACUUCCUUCUUCACAAUUUUGACACCCGUCAGGAGUCUCGCGGUGCCGAGGUGGAGGCGUUGCAACAGGCAAAGCAGAUCCUCAACGGUGCCCAGCUGAGCGGGCUUUAG